AUGUCGAAGCUAGUUCCUAUUAUCAGCCCUAGUCUAUCACUAAGGGCACUCGAUGAAACAGAUAAAGAAAAGGUCUACCAAUCGAGUUUAGACCAUGAAAAGGGAGAAACUUUCGAUGUGUCCGGCAGAGAAAUCAUUUCUUCUACAAAUGAAAAGAAGGCACACUUGCUUCCGCUGCAAGCUUACACUCACUAUGCAAGUAUACAGCGCGAGUAUGAAAAAGCAAAUGACUUGGAUACAUUAUACGCUGUUCAGAGGGAGCAAAUGUACACAGAUCCCCACAGCAACGUAUCCCACUCCAAGCUGGAUUCACAGCGAAUGCUACGCAUGGCGAAGGCAUAUUCGGUAUUUUUCUUAAUUACAACAGAUAUUCUAGGGCCAUCUAAUGCUCCUUAUGCUGUUGCCCAGAUGGGAUGGGUACCAGGUGUGAUUUUAUACGUAUUAUUUGGUGUUGCUGCUGCAUUUGGAGGUUGGUUGUUGAAUUACUGCUUUUGCAAGGUUGAUUCGAACAAUUAUCCAAUUCGUACGUUCUCCGAUCUAGCUGCACGUGUUGUAGCACCCUGGUUUAGGUAUCCAUUUGCACUUUUGCAAUUCAUUCAAAUGAUAUUGAAUUGUGGGUUAUUACUCCUAUCCACAGCUCAAUCGGUGUCACAGAUGCUUGUGGUUAACAGAGGUGGAGAUCAUUUCUGCUUCACCGUUGACAUUUUAGUUUGGGGCCUCUUAUGUAUGAUAAUUGGGCAGAUCAGCUCCUUAGGCAAGUUUGCACAUAUUGCAAAUUCUGCCGUGUGGAUGAACAUCGCUACCUGUAUCAUCACAAUGGUAGGUGUGGCUGUCGGGGGACCAUAUUAUGGAAUCUUUGAACAGUAUGGUCAAGCGCCUCCAUAUUUUGAGACUGGGACUUUCAACCCAUUGCCAAUUAAACAAUACGCUAUUACACCAGGUACUAUCAGUGAUCGUAUUUCGGGUAUGAACAAUAUGGUAUUCGCCUGGGGUGGUGCCACUAUUUUUUGUGAAGUUAUGGCGGAAAUGAGGCGUCCGAUGGACUUUUGGAAAGGAAUGCUGUGCGCCCAAUCUCUUAUUUUAGUGGUAUACCUCUUUUAUGGACUCUUCGUGUACGCAUACAAUGGACAAUUUAGUUAUGUGACCGCAAACCAGGCCAUUGGUUCGGUUGGAUUGCAGAAUGCUGGUAAUGUGCUAACCAUCAUAUCAGGAAUUAUCGCUAUGGUAUUGUACGGGAACAUAGGUAUCAAGGUCAUUUACCAAGGCUUUUUGGUUACGGACUUUAAAUUUCCAUCUCUUACCUCGCGUAAAGGUACAUUUGCAUGGGGAGGUUUUGUUGUUGUCUACUGGGCAGUUGCUUAUAUUUUGGGUACUGCGAUCCCAUCAAUCAGUGCUUUGGUGGGGAUUGUUGGUGCUUUCUGUAUUCUCAACUUUUCUUACACAUUCCCAUUCCUAUUUGGCCUUUGCCUGAUGUGUCGACAAGAUGCAGCGGUGGCAGACCAUUUUGAUUCAAAAAGUAUGAGCGUAGAGAAAGCCGACUCAUAUUUACGUAACUGGUCAAGAUGGAAGCGUGCUUUCGGCUAUGGUGGCACCUACCGGACCUUGAUAAAAGGAUCACUCUUCUUACUUUUCCUCGCUUCGCUCGCUACAUGUGGAUUAUGCUCUUACUCGGCAAUUUCAGGAGCUAUAGCUGUGUACCAGACCAAUCCUGCCCAGCCAUUUACCUGUACCUCUCCAGUAGGAUAA